AUGUUUCCCAGCGGCCUUGUUGUUCCUACAUUGGCGACGGCGACGGUCGUGACGCCGAUGACGUGGGUCUGCCGGGCGGCACAGGAGCAGAAGCACACACCGCGUCGUCUGAUGCCCUCUGUGAGGGAAAGCACUCUAAUCAGCCUGGUUGACGCGCUUGCCGUUGAGGCCCCGGCAUCAAAAUCAACGGCACCACCGGCGCCACCGGCCGGCCCAGCAAAAACUUUAACAGCAACAGGGGCAGAGACAACUAUCAACGCGAAUGUCAGCGUCAUCACGCCCGCCGUUGCCCCCUCCCUUGCACCACCCCUGCCAAAACCUCAGACAGCCCCCACCCCACUGCCUCGCGCGAGUUGGAAGAGCCAUCCUUUGACUGCCGCCUUCACAACAACACUGGAGUGGGCUUCUUUGCACUCACUUAUUGCUUUGGGUGCAACUGCCGCUGUGGGUUUUGCACUGCUCAAGGUGUACAGCGCAUUCGCGCGCUCCAUAAUGAGGCGUCGUAUGAUGUCAAUUGAUGACUCGAAGAAGUUGCAGCUGUAUGUGGUCCCACGGUCCUAUGCCAUCCCCGGCGUCUCUGCACCCUGUGUCGCAGUGGAUAUCUUCCUGCGUAUGGCGAAGGUUCCCUACGAGGUGCACACUCUUGACGAUCCUCUCAUCUCCCCAACAGGAAAAUUACCACUGAUUCGGUACAAAGGCAACUGCCUGGACGCCACGGACGCCAUCAUUGCGUUCGUCACAUCGGCCUUCAACGUUAAAGUGGAUAACUACCUCACUGAAAGGGAAAAGGCCAUCGGUGUCGCCCUCGAAACAUUGGCAAAGCACUGCUCUUGGUGGUCCUAUGAAUGCUUGUCUCACAAUGAGAGGCGCAGUGUCGUCAGGGUCUUUCUCGUAAAGAUGCUGCGCAAGGUAACGAUGUCUGAUGAAACGCUGACGCAGCGUGCAAUGCUAACUAGGCAGGAGGAGGACCUUCAGGCCAUAGAGAAGUUUAUAGGUAACAAGAAGUACCUACUGGGUUCUACUCCCACCAGCUAUGAUUGCGCCUUGUAUGCCUUAUUGGUGCCGCUAGUCUCAUCCAAAGCGGAUGGGCCAGCAGCGUAUAUGGCGAAUAGCAGAGUACUCAAGGGCUACGUGAAACGCAUGUCAAAUUUUGAAUUGACCGGGCACAACGGGGGGGGGUGUCUACAUCAAUGGGAACUCGCAUUAAAGUAA